CAUUUUAAAACACAAUAUAUUAUACUUGCUAUGAGUGCUAUAUGUUUGGAGAGGUUUGAAGGUUUGGAGACUGUUCGAACAAAUUGUUUCUCAUUAUAAAUAGAUUACUGAAUAUAUCAUUACUUUUAUAAUCAUUGUCGCACAAUAUUUGCUAUGACUGCUUCAUGUUUGGAGAGUUCUGAAGGUUUGGAGACUGUUUGAACAAAUUGUUUCUCAUUAUAACUAGAUUAUUAAAUAUAUGAUUACUUUUAUAAUCAUUGUGAGACUAGAUUUGCUAUGACUGCUCCAUGUUUGGAGAGUUCUGAAGGUUUGGAGACUGUUUGAACAAAUUGUUUCUCAUUAUAAAUAGAUUACUGAAUAUAUCAUUACUUUUAUAAUCAUUGUCGCACAAUAUUUGCUAUGACUGCUCCAUGUUUGGAGAGUUCUGAAGGUUUGGAGACUAUUCAAACACUCCCUAAAAAUACAUUACUGUUCGUAUCAUUAAUUUUAAAUAUCAAUACUUGGAGAGAUAAAUCGAAUAUUUCUUUAUAAUCAUUGUUAUACUAUGUUUGCUGCGACUAGUCUGUUUGGAGAGGUAUCUGAGAUUUGUUUACUAUCGUGUGUUGGUCUGACAUCGAGUGCAUCGAGAGAAAACUAAGAACAGGGGAGAUACUGGAUGACUUCUGGAGCACGUGCGCAGAUAACAGAAAUGUUUAGCCGGCGCUCAUUGCACGCGCUGACUCGGUUAUCAAGCACAGUGGCUGCAUCAACAGAGACGAUAAUAGAGCGUAGGUUGCGUGCUUCAACCAGUUCCAAUCUAACUUCGUUCUGCCAUCGCGUCAUCGUGUAGAUCGUUAUCGCGUGCGAGUGAAUCGAGUCGCGAACUUCUCAAGUAAACCAACAGGGACAAGUAACUCGAAGACCAGGUAUGUCUAAGAAUGUGAGACCCGGCCAGCUGGUGUUUAAGAUGCUGACCAAGGAUAAAAUAGAGGAGGCAAUGAAGGUACUGGGGCAGACUAUGAAGCAAGAGUGCCUGGCCGUGGGCCUGGGAUUAUUGGAAGAUCCUGGGGCGCCCGAAGAGAUGGAACUGCUCUUCAGGGAAAUCGUGAAAGACGGCGCCACGAUAAUCGCCGUCGAUAAGGAAACCGACGAGCUGGCAGCGGUCGCUUUCAACAAGAUACACGCGAGACCAAAAGAGGGAGAGAAGGAUGAGAUGGACAGGUUCAUCGAAGAGAAAUUCCAGCACCAAUCGUGUCGGGAACUGGUCAACCUUAUCGGUGGGAUUGAAACCAGCGUGGACAUUUUCGAUAAGUACCACGUGAAGGGAGCAAUGGAGCUUUUUUAUCUGGGCACCAAUCCACGGUACCAAGGCCGCGGAAUUGGCAGCCAGAUGAUGGAGAAGUGCAUCGAGUUCGGUAGAGGGCUUCUGAAUGGUACAAGGACAAGGAUUUCGAUUGAGGGUGCGACCCUCGACGGCCAGGUGGUUCCAGAGGUGAUAUUUGGCGUGUUCGCCUCUAAUUACAGUCAACGAAUCGCUGAGAAGCUGGGCUUGGUCACUCUGUACGAGAUGCGCUAUCAGGAUCACCAAUUCGCUGGAAAGAAAUUAUCCGAGAGGAUAGGAGACGUUCAUAAAACUGCUAAACUCCAAGCUCUCAAGUUCUGAGGCCUUCGUCUCCAUGGGCAUACUUAUGCUUCCCUAUUCUCAUAAUCAAAACUUAAAAAGGAAAAAUAAUUUUGUCUUCAUUUCUCAGUUCCUGUAGUGGGUUACACUUGUUUAUAAUUAUCUUAAUUAUUGUGUAAUCAAAGGUUCAGAAUUAAAUAGAAACUUUGACUCUA